AUGCCCGCAUCCUGCCGGGCCCCUGUGAAAGCCCCGGGGGAGCUGGGGUGCCCGCUGGCAGCACCCCUGGGCAGCCUGCAGGAACACGGGGUCCCUGAGCUCCCCGAGCCCCUGGGCAAGAGCAAAAGCAAGAAGCGGAGGAACAGGACAACCUUCAGCACGUUCCAGCUGGAGGAGCUGGAGAAGGUCUUCCAGAAGACGCAUUACCCCGACGUCUACGCCCGCGAGCAGCUGGCGUUACGGACAGACUUGACCGAAGCCAGGGUGCAGGUCUGGUUCCAGAACCGACGGGCCAAGUGGCGAAAACGAGAACGUUACGGGAAAAUCCAGGAGGUGAGAGAUGCUCUGGCCUCCCCCCACUCCACUUAGGGCUUUCCCCCCCCCUCCCAUCCUUUCUUUCAGCUGCAGAACAACCUGUGGCCGAGCUCUGGCCCGGGAAGCCCUGCGGGGCUCCUGCCCCCCGAGAGCAUCCCGUCCCCCUGCAUGUCUCCGUACCCCCACACUCACAGCAACAUCACCGGCUUCAUGGGCAUCCCUGCUUCUCCCGGCCCCCACCCCGGCAUCAACAGCCUCUACUCCCUGCACAGCCUCCCCCCCGCGGCCCUGGGUGCCCACCCCUUCGAGCCAGCACCCGAAGAUUACAAGUCACCCACCCUGGUGCCGCUGAGGAUGAAGAGCAAAGAGGCGACCAGCAGCCUGCUGAACUGGGCUACAUGA